AUGAUCACCCAGCCGAUCCCACGUGACACAUCCUUCCUCCGCUCGGUGCAUUCUGGUUAUUCGGUGUGUCCUUGUGGCGACAUGAGUGGCCUGGCAGUACGCGGCCUGCGGGCCUUCCAGCAGCUGUCGCGCCGGACCUUCAGCAGCACAGCUUGCAGAGGGUUGGAGAAUAAGGUUCCUGAAAAGCAGAAACUUUUCCAGGCAGACAAUGGGGUCCCAGUUCACUUGAAAGGAGGUACUGGAGAUGCUGUGCUCUACAGGCUAACCAUGGCACUCACGGCUGGAGGUACGCUUUAUGUUCUCUACCAACUGUUCAACAUUGCCCUGCCUAAGAAGAAGUAACGUUCGUUUGCAAACAUGUUUUAUUCCACAACCCUGUCUAACUAUGUAUACUGUAAUUCUUCAGGGAUCUGAUCUUGUGAAUGGCUGUUCAUGGUUUAUGGGAACAGUAACUUAUUUGACAUAGCUUAUAUAACAAAUAAAGUGAUUAAUUACA